AUGAAGGGUUGGAUAUCCAUCAAUCCCAAUCAGAGUUUGGAGAACGCGGGAUGGCUCGACGUCGAGGAGACAGCGUUGAGUUUGAGCAACAACGAGGGCUACUUUGACGUAUACAUUCCUCUGAGCAUGAUCCUCGGCUUCGCCGAAGAUUAUCGCAAGAUCGUGGUCAACGUCAAGCACGAGCUCAUAAUCAGGAGAUCGAGAAACGAUUUAAAUGCUGUUGUUCAAACGGCAGCCGGUAAUCCAGCUACUUUUGAAGAUUUCAAGAUUAAUUUAACGAGAAUCGAAUGGCUCGUGCCGUAUGUGUUGGCAUCCAAUGCUCACAAGAUACGUCUUCUGAAUAACAUCGAGAAGGAUAGACCCAUUGCCAUGAGCUUUCGCAGUUGCGAGUUGUUCGAGUAUCCACUGCUUCCAGCUACACCGAAACACGUCUGGACGGUGAAAACUUCCAAUCAGAUGGAGAAGCCCCGCUUCGUUGUGGUGGGUUACCAAACGAAUCGAAAAGGACAGAAAGCUGCUAAUGCCAGUCGCUUUGAUCACUGCAACAUCAGCAAUGUGAAACUCUUCCUGAAUUCGCAGUGCUAUCCCUAUGGAAAUCUCAAUCUAGAUAUAUCUCGCAACCAGUAUCCUGUACUCUACAAAAUGUACACCAACUUCCAGAGUGCGUACUACGAGAAACAGGCCGAGCCUGUACUGAAUAAAACUGACUACAUCACGCACUUGCCUCUCAUUGUGAUAGACUGCUCCAAGCAGAACGAGUCAUUGAAGAGCGCUCCAGUGGACGUUUGUCUAGAAUUCGAAGCGAGAAACAAUUUCCCAGCUGGAACGUCAGCUUACUGUUUGAUACUUCACGAUCGCAUUGUGCAGUACAAUCCUGUGAGUGGAGACGUAAAGAAACUUGUCUGA